AUGGCGAUCCCAGCAGGAGGCGGGGGUGCUGAGACCGGAAGUGGUCGCACUCUGGCCGAGUUCGGGUUUGCCCACCUGCUGGACCUGCUGGUGCUGGGCACAGGGCAGCGAGGUGUCGAUGACCCGGGCACGUGCCAGGCUCGGGCUUUCUGCCUGGUGGUGAAGAACCCCGUCAGCCAGAGGUCCCGAGCCGGCCGAGCGCUCGCCCCAGAUGCACGCCCACCUGCCCUCGGGGCCAGGCCCCGACCCUGUGGCAAAGGCUUGGAAUCGCGGGAUGACGAUGUUGAGUCCGUCAGUAACCCUCUGAAAUCUCUCCCCUAGGAUUAUCAUAAAAUAAUAAAAAACCCGAUGGACAUGGGGACUAUCAAGAAGAGACUAGAGAACAAUUAUUAUUGGAGUGCAAGCGAGUGUAUGCAGGACUUCAACACCAUGUUUACAAACUGUUACAUUUAUAACAAGCCCACAGAUGACAUAGUGCUAAUGGCCCAAGCCUUAGAGAAAAUUUUUCUGCAGAAAGUGGCCCAGAUGCCCCAGGAGGAAGUUGAAUUAUUACCCCCCGCUCCGAAGGGCAAAGGCCGGAAACCGGCUGCAGGAGCCCAGAGUGCAGGUUCGCAGCAAGUGGCGGCCGUGUCCUCUGUCUCCCCGGCGACCCCCUUUCAGAGCGUGCCCCCCACUGUCUCCCAGACGCCCGUCAUUGCUGCCACCCCUGUGCCAACUAUCACCGCAAACAUCACUUCAGUCCCUGUCCCCCCAACUGCUGCCCCACCGCCUCCGGCGACACCCAUCAUCCCCGUGGUCCCUCCCACGCCUCCCGUCAUCAAGCACGCGGGCAAGAAGGGGCGGCUGUCGGAGCACCUGCGGCACUGCGACAGCAUCCUCAAGGAGCUGCUGUCCAAGAAGCACGCGGCCUACGCCUGGCCCUUCUAUAAGCCCGUGGACGCCGAGGCGCUGGAGCUGCACGACUACCACGACAUCAUCAAGCACCCGAUGGACCUCAGCACCGUGAAGAAGAAGAUGGACAGCCGUGAGUACCCGGACGCACAGGGCUUCGCGGCCGACAUCCGGCUAAUGUUCUCCAACUGUUACAAGUACAACCCGCCCGACCACGAGGUGGUGGCCAUGGCCAGGAAGCUGCAGGUAACCCGGGCGCUCUCGGGGGCCGGAGCCUACGACUCGGAGGACGAGGAGGAGGGCCUGCCCAUGAGCUACGACGAGAAGCGCCAGCUCAGCCUGGACAUCAACCGGCUGCCGGGCGAGAAGCUGGGCCGCGUGGUGCACAUCAUCCAGUCGCGGGAGCCCUCGCUCAGGGACUCCAACCCCGACGAGAUCGAGAUCGACUUCGAGACCCUGAAGCCCACCACGCUGCGGGAGCUGGAGCGCUACGUCAAGUCCUGUUUACAGAAGAAGCAGAGGAAGCCGCUCUGUAAGUCCGGAAGGUCGUGGGUCCCGGACGACGAGACGGUGUGCGUCCAAAUCACGUCUUUUUUUGCCACUGAGUCCGAGGGCUCGGAGACGACAGCUGCAGACGCCGACCUGGUGGCCGUGGGAAAACGAGGACGAUGCAUCGGAGCGUCCCUCCCUGCCAAGCCCUGCUCCCGGACGGCCUCUGAGCGCAGGGAUGCCCGCACCGCCGGCCUGGGCUCCGAGCGCCGUGGCUCCGGCCAGGAAUGCACGCUCGGCCUUCCCGCCCGGCCCCCAGCCCCCCAGCCCUGGAUGCGGGCCCCUCACCUCCAGGCCUCCUGGGGAGGUGCUGCGCCCCGCUGCCCCAUGCAGUCUUCCAGCCGCUCUCGGGGGGUCAAAGAGCCUCCGGCUCCAGGAGGGCCCCCCACAGGACUGCACGGCCCCCUGCUCAAGCCUUUUCCAUUCAGCAGAAAUGGCUGA